AUGUCAUUGUUGUUGAUUGUGAUUCGCAGCUUUGCAGAAAUCGAGGGAAUGGCUGCGUCAAAGAAAGUUAUCACAAGGGAAGAGUGGGAGAAGAAGCUUAACGAUGUGAAAAUUAGGAAAGAAGACAUGAAUAAAUUGGUAAUGAAUUUCCUUGUCACUGAGGGUUAUGUUGAAGCUGCUGAGAAAUUCCGAAAGGAGUCUGGAACCGAACCAGACAUAGAUCUUGCGACAAUCACUGAUCGCAUGGCUGUAAAGAAGGCAGUACAAAGUGGUAAUGUUGAGGAUGCAAUCGAAAAAGUGAAUGACUUAAAUCCUGAGAUACUGGAUACAAACCCCCAACUAUUUUUCCAUCUUCAACAGCAGCGAUUGAUAGAACUAAUCCGAAAUGGAAAAGUAGAGGAAGCUCUAGAGUUUGCUCAGGAGGAACUUGCUCCAAGGGGAGAGGAAAAUCAUAGCUUUUUGGAAGAGUUGGAGAGGACUGUUGCACUGCUUGCCUUUGAAGAUGUCUCUAACUGUCCUGUUGGCGAGCUUCUUGACAUAUCACAGCGUCUAAAAACAGCAAGUGAGGUGAAUGCGGCCAUACUUACUAGCCAGAGCCAUGAAAAAGACCCAAAACUUCCAAGCUUGUUGAAGAUGCUGAUCUGGGCCCAAAACCAGCUGGAUGAGAAAGCUGCAUAUCCUCACAUAAAUGAUAUUUCCAAAGCAACAUUAGAAGAUCCUGCAGUUUGAAUACUCAUGAAGCUUCAAUUUCAAUUUGGAGCUGUUAGGAUCUAGAUGAAGAUAUUGCUGUCAUUGGCAUUUAAAAUUGUGUAUUGGUUCAAUGGGAAAGAUAUUUAUUAACAUUUAUGUCCAUUUUCCCCGAGAUAGCUUUUCCAGAUAUUUUUAUACCAUUGUACAAAGAGUUUCGGUACAGUCAUAAAUUAUUUUCUUCAGUUACAAA